CACAUUCGCAGCAAGAUGGACUCGGACGAAUCAGACGAGUCAGCUCCACGCGCUUCGAAGCUCAAUGGAAUUCGCUGUGCUGGGAAGCGCUUGGGCGUUGCCUGGAGCGCUGAAGAUCCUCCAAGGCACAAGCAUGCAAUGGUUUCAGCAAUCGAUGUACCACACUUUGCUUCUUCCAGCUUUGAGCUUAAGUUUGCUGCUUGCAUGGCUGGCAAGGCCUGCAGCUGCAGAGAAGUUGCCACCGGGAUUUCUGAAGCACCUUGCAAGUUAUAUGAUCGUCUGGAUGUGUUGCAUUGCAGCAGACUGGCUUCAGGGCCCCUACGUUUAUGCUCUUUAUUCGGCUUAUGGCUUCUCUGAGUCUGCCAUCAUGGCGCUCUUUGUAGCUGGUUAUGGUGCGUCAGGAGUGUGUAGUUGUGGCAUUGGAUCAGUUGCAGAUUGUUUUGGUCGCAAAAAGUGUUGCAUGGCAUUCUGCAUCUUUCAUAUGAUUGCUGGCAUUACGAUGCAUUGGAAUCUCUAUCCGCUCUUGAUGUUGGGCCGCAUAUCUUCAGGAAUUGGCACAGCCAUCCUUUUUUCUUGCUUUGAAUGCUGGAUGGUGUCGGAGCACAACUUUCGGCAUCGCUUUUCCUCAAGUUUGCUCUCAUACAUGUUCGGUCUAAAUUUCUGUGCCAUGUAUUUUGUAGCAGUUCUGUCUGGCCUUGGAGCACAAUUUGCGGUUGACAAUACACAGCUCAGUGCUGUACGAGGUUCGAUGUACGUGGGUGGCUUCACAGUGCCUUAUGAUAUCUCCAUUGCCUUACUAUGCAUUGGAUUUGCACUCAUUGCACUGCUUUGGAAAGAAAAUUAUGGUGAUGGACAAAAGCCAGGUCAGCUUUUGAUUUGCGAUGCCCUGUGCUUGCUCAUCAAGGAUCCAAGCUGCCGGCGGCUAUGCAUCAUUGUGGCCAUCUUUGAGGGUUCGAUGUAUGUCUUCGUAUCCAACUGGACUCUAGCAUUGCAAUCUCAGGACAUCCAACCACCACACGGCCUUAUCUUCGCUCUCUUCAUGAUGGCGGCAAUGUGUGGUUCAUCUGUUGCGACGUUGGGCAGGGGCAUGAUUCCACGCCGACAGUUGCGUUUCAUUCUGCUCCUGUCCGUGCUGUCGUUCGCCGUCGCCUCGCGAAGUGCCUGCGGAGCAGUCGGCUGUUGCCUCGGAGCCUUUCUGACCUUUGAAUUCUGCGUUGGUUGGUACUUUCCGUGUGUCGGGAUCUUGAAGAGUGAAUGCGUUCCAGAGCAGAUUCGCGGCUCAAUGUACAAUCUUUUUCGGGUGCCGCUGAAUGUGCUGGUACUUGUCUUGCUACUGACUCACAUUGGCACUGAAUUACGCUUUGCCAUUUGCUCUUUCCUGCUCUCAUUUGCAGUUUUGGCAACCUUUGGUCUUGUGGGUCACAAGCAGCCCCUCCCAGAGACAGUUGAGGUCGCAUCCUCGCCCUGAGCGAUUCCGAGUCGACCUUUGUCGAUCAAGUCGAGUUAUUUCAUGUUAUUUCAUGUUAUUUCUAGGGCUCACAUGAGUCCAUCUCUCAUGGCCUAGCGCUGUCAAAAUGACACAGCCAUGUCUGGGGUAAGUCUGUCACUAUGCCCAGAAAUCCAGGAGAGACUCACAGGAAAAGCCGAAAA